AACAAGUUUACAGACUUCUGUUUCAGAUCCGUGGGGGACACAUCGGCUUUGCGCGGAGAGAAACCAGAAGCACCUGCAGACUCACUCGCCUCUUUGGGCACAACUUUUGUUUUUUUUUUCCUCCCACAGCUUCUUAUGAGACUGGUCAGUAUCUCUACCUCCUUUGACUUUUGGAGCUGUUUUGUGAACUUUUUUAUGUGCCUGUGAGCGAACAUUAAAAGCCGCCUGAAUGUAUAACAUGAUGGAAACCGAGAUCAAGUCCCCGCUCCCGCAGUCCAACUCGGGCUCGGCGCCGGGCGCAAAGAACAACAGUGUCAGCGACCAGGAGAGGGUGAAGCGGCCGAUGAACGCCUUCAUGGUGUGGUCCCGCGGACAGCGGAGGAAGAUGGCUCAAGAAAAUCCCAAAAUGCACAACUCUGAAAUCAGCAAGCGGCUUGGGGCUGACUGGAAACUUCUGACCGACGCUGAAAAGAGGCCAUUCAUCGACGAGGCCAAGCGUCUACGCGCUAUGCACAUGAAGGAGCAUCCGGAUUAUAAAUACCGUCCCCGUAGGAAGACCAAGACCUUGCUCAAGAAAGACAAGUAUUCUUUGCCCGGGGGACUGUUGGCGCCAGGAGCCAGCGCCGUCAACAACUCGGUGUCUGUGGGUCAGCGGAUGGACGGUUAUGCGCACAUGAACGGGUGGACAAACAGCGCGUAUUCCCUCAUGCAGGACCAGUUGGCCUACCCUCAGCAUCACAGCAUGAACAGCCCCCAGAUCCAGCAGAUGCACCGAUACGAGAUGGCAGGGCUCCAGUACCCAAUGAUGUCGUCGGCGCAGACCUACAUGAACGCGGCUUCCACGUACAGCAUGUCUCCAGCGUACACGCAGCAGACCACCAGCGCCAUGGGGCUGAGCUCCAUGGCGUCCGUGUGCAAGACCGAGCCGAGCUCACCGCCGCCGGCCAUCACGUCCCACUCUCAGCGGGCGUGUUUGGGGGACCUGAGGGAUAUGAUAAGCAUGUACCUGCCUCCCGGCGGGGACAGCGCGGAGCACUCCUCCCUGCAGAGCAGCCGGUUACACAGCGUCCAUCCGCACUAUCAGACCGCAGGGACUGGCGUCAAUGGGACGCUACCUCUCACCCACAUCUGAGAGCAACACAAAGUAAAAAAAGACUUCAAACUUUAAAAAGAAGUACUUCGGAUACUUGAACUUUAUGGUUGCUACAGACACAACGUUCAACAGUUUUAUUUUUUUGGUUUGUUUUUUUUUUGUUCGGUUUUAUCUCAAUAUCUUUCGAGUUGUCCAUUUUUUUUUUAAAAACGAGUUUCAAGUGGACCGAAACUGAACGUUGAGCCCAUCAGAGUAAAUUGCAUUGCAAAGAGGCUUUUUAUCACAAGUAUAAGCAAUCAACUUAUGUAGAAGAAUUGGACUUCUAUAUUUUAAUUAAUGCCAUAUUUUCUCUCUAUGAAAAGGCAUAUGGCCUCAUUAAGAGAGGCUGGUGUAUUUCAGAAAAGCUGGAUGGAAAGUUGGUUCAUAAAUGUUUACACUUAAUUUGUAGAAUGUCAGUUGUCUCGACUGUGUCCAAAUUUUGUAGUCUCUCUCUCUCUGUCUCUUUUUUUCCCCUUCCCCUCACGACUUAGGUCAAAAUGAAAUGUUAAGACUGUGCGGGUCGCAAACGCAGGUUUUAUUUAUAGUAAGUUUUUUUUUUCCCCACCCUCUCUUUUUAGCUUGUGAACCCGAUGUUUUGUCACGUGAAAAAUGUUCAGAUUUGUUUUUGUAAAAUGUUAUUUUUCUGUGAUGGUUCUGGCAGUGUCAUGUUUACUCAUUAUCCUGAACGAAAAGGUUUAUUUAAACUGACGUUUCUACAUAUUUUAAGACCAUCCUCUAUUCUUAAAUGCUGAAUAAAUUUGUACAAAACAUGA